UGUGUGUGUCCAGUUGUUGAUGAAAAUGGAGGUGACGGAAAUGGAUAAAAAAUUAAAUACACCUGUGACAAGUAGUGCACUGCAAGAAAAUGGAGUGGAAAACAAAGUUUUUUGUAGAAAGAAAAAGAAGAUUUUAUCUGAAGAGGAAUAUACAGAGGAAAUGGAGAAAAUAAUCACCCGAGACUUUUUUCCUGAUUUGCCUAAACUGAAAGCUCAAAAUGAAUAUCUGGAUGCCUUAGAAAAAGGAGAUCUUGCAAAAAUCCAAGAAAUCCAGUCAACUUAUCAGCUAACUCAGAGUACUAGAAGUAAAAUCAGUUCAUGUAGAGCUGCAACACCUGCUACAUUUGAAACACCUGAGCAGUUACAGAAUGUUUCACCUGUGAGAAACACUGAGGAUGACAAUGAAGAUACUGAAACUGUGAUAACUGUUGCAACAGAAAAAAUUAAGAAAUCCUUGGAUAAGUUUCUGUCUGAAGCAACAAGUGAAGAUAAUGCAUCAUUUCAAGUAAUCAUGCAAAAAUCUGCUGAAGUGCACCAAAAAAAAUAUCCAUGGUUAUACAAAGAUGAAAAUCUAGAAGGGAAAAAAUUAUCAGACAUGAUAGCAUUACCUCCUUCUGAAAGGAAGUCUAUUGAAGGGAAGAAUAAAGAUCUAGUAACUUGGGCUUAUAAAAACAGAAAUUAUCUUAUGUAUGUUCCAGACGGAGCUGAGCUGACAGCUGAAGAAAAGCUUGCAAAUGAAAGCAGAAAAGAGAUUUUGCAUCAUAAUAGUAGGUUUGAAACUCCACCUUUUGAUGAGCAAGCUAACAAAGAAGCUAUAGCAGAAGCAGCUUCUGUGCAGGCUAAAAUGAAAGAAGGUAGAGUGGGCAUUGAUGGCAAAGAAAUUGUUCCAGGGGAUUCACCGCAGGUUAAUGGUUAUGGAUUUGUUGGUACACCUAUACCAGCACCAGGUGUAACAGAUACUCCUAUAAUGACAUGGGGAGAAAUAGAAGGUACUCCUUUUCGACUUGAUGGAAGUGAUACCCCAUUGCCACAAAAUCCUAAUGGUCAGCAAUUUAAAAUUCCUAACCUGUCAGCACGAGAAAAAAUUGCAUUGUCUCUGGCUGACAAAGCUGCCAAAAAACACAGAAAGGUUAAUAAAGCAAGUCCAAGACUGUUGAGCUCCGACUCCAAAUUUGGAUCUGCUACACCAAGAACUCCCAUUGAAAAGCUGCAGUAUAUGUCUCCUGCUGCUCGUAGGUUGGCAUGUGCAAAAUUAGGCAUUCAGCGUGACACAGAUAAAGCUCUAAGGGCGAGCUAUUCACCUUCACCUUUAAGAACACCUACUGCUGCUAGGACUCCAGUAACUUCUUCCACACCAGAUAUUAUAAGAACUCCAGUGUCACCUGCAACUCCUACAGCGAAAGUGACAGUUAUCACUCCAUCCCAUGCAGAAACUAUGUUGAAUUUGCCUAAGAGACAUAAAGCAAGUGAUUUCUUCUAGCAUUUUAUGUAAUUUAAAUUAAUCAAGAAUGCUGUGUUACUAAAAGCUGAAUAUUUAUUGUAUCAUACUGUUAAAAAAUCACAAAUUUGUAUAUAUGUAUAUUAUUUUCAUUAAAUGUGUAUUUUUUUAAUUUUGAUAGCACUCUGUUAUGAAAUUUUUAGUUAUUGCAAUGUUCAGCUAUGAAAUGUUUAUGUUUUUAUGUUUUCCAAAAUAAGUUAUAUGCUUCAGAACAUUUGCACAAUUGAAUAGGUUUGAAGUGAUGUUGUCAAAGACAUUUUGAUUUUGAUUAAAGCGUAUCAUAUUAUAUUUUAAAUUAUUUAUUGAGAAUUGGUCCCCCUUUUGUAAUUUGAUACUUUUAUCAGUCAUUCUUCCAGAGAUAUGUAAUUGAAAAUUCUGCUAACUAAUGUGCCUUCUUAUGUCUGACUUUUCAUAAAAUUGUUGAUAUUUAGUUCUCAAAUUAAUUUAAUAACAGGAAAAAAUCAAAUAAGAAGCUGAUAAAUUUUGUUAUACCCAGUUUUAUUUAUUUAUUUUUUUUAUGGCUGUUCGUGAAACUGAGCUCAAGAUGCCAAAAUAAAAGGCAUAUUUACAAUUGAA